CCGUGCGGGGCCCUCAGAACCCGGAGAAGCGGCGGAAGAAGAGGAGGAGGAGGAAGAGGAGGAGGAGGCGGCGGCGGCGGCGAAGAUGGCGGCGGCGGACGGGGACGAUUCGCUUUACCCCAUCGCUGUUCUUAUCGACGAGCUCCGCAACGAGGACGUGCAGCUGCGUCUCAACAGCAUUAAGAAGCUGUCGACCAUCGCUUUGGCGUUGGGAGUGGAGAGGACUCGCAGUGAGCUGCUGCCCUUCCUCACCGACACCAUCUACGAUGAGGAUGAGGUCCUCCUGGCGUUGGCCGAGCAGCUCGGAACCUUCACCGCCCUCGUCGGAGGCCCCGAGUUUGUCCACUGUCUCCUGCCCCCUUUGGAAAGUUUGGCCACGGUGGAGGAGACGGUGGUGAGAGACAAAGCGGUGGAAUCCCUUCGAGCCGUUUCUCACGAACAUUCUCCACCGGAUCUCGAAGGUCACUUUGUCCCUUUGGUCAAACGUUUGGCCGGAGGCGAUUGGUUCACCUCUCGCACCUCCGCCUGCGGCCUCUUCAGCGUCUGCUACCCCCGCGUCUCCAGCCCCGUCAAGGCCGAACUCCGACAGUACUUCCGGAACCUCUGCUCCGACGACACUCCCAUGGUCCGUCGCGCCGCCGCCUCCAAACUGGGCGAAUUCGCCAAAGUCCUGGAAUUGGAGCACGUCAAGAGCGAGAUCAUCCCCAUGUUCUCCAACUUGGCCUCCGACGAGCAGGACUCCGUACGGCUCUUGGCGGUGGAAGCGUGCGUCAGCAUCGCUCAGCUGCUGCCCCAGGAGGAGCUCGAGGGUUUAGUGAUGCCCACCUUGCGUCAAGCGGCCGAAGAUAAGUCCUGGAGAGUCCGGUAUAUGGUGGCCGACAAAUUCACCGAGCUCCAACGCGCCGUUGGCCCCGAGAUCACCAAAACGGACCUGGUGGGCGCCUUCCAGAGCCUCAUGAAGGACUGCGAGGCCGAAGUGAGAGCGGCCGCGUCCCACAAGGUCAAAGAGUUCUGCGAGAACCUCUCCCCGGACUGCCGCGAGGCCGUCAUCAUGGGGCAGAUCCUGCCCUGCAUUAAGGAGUUGGUGUCGGACGCCAACCAACACGUGAAGUCGGCGUUGGCCUCGGUCAUUAUGGGACUGUCACCGAUUUUGGGCAAAGACAACACCGUGGAGCAUCUGCUGCCCCUCUUCCUGGCGCAGCUCAAGGACGAGUGCCCGGAAGUUCGCCUCAACAUCAUUUCCAACCUGGACUGCGUGAACGAGGUGAUCGGCAUCCGGCAGCUCUCGCAGUCGCUGCUGCCGGCCAUCGUCGAGCUCGCCGAGGACGCCAAGUGGCGCGUGCGCCUCGCCAUCAUCGAGUACAUGCCCCUGCUCGCCGGGCAGCUGGGGGUGGAGUUCUUCGAUGAGAAACUGAACUCCCUCUGCAUGGCCUGGCUGGUGGACCACGUUUACGCCAUCCGCGAGGCGGCCACCAGUAACCUCCGCAAACUGGUGGAGCGCUUCGGGCAGGAUUGGGCCCAGGGCACCAUCGUCCCAAAGGUUUUGGCCAUGGCCGGGGACCCCAAUUACCUUCACCGCAUGACAACGCUCUUCUGCAUCAACGUCCUCUCGGAGGUGUGUGGGCAGGAGAUAACGACCAAGCAGAUGCUGCCCACGGUGCUGCGUAUGGCGGCCGACGCCGUCGCCAACGUCCGCUUCAACGUCGCCAAAUCCCUGCAGCGCAUCGGGCCCAUCCUCGACAGCGGGACGCUGCAGACGGAGGUGAAGCCGGUGCUGGAGAAGCUGACGCAGGACCAGGAUGUGGAUGUCAAAUACUUUGCGCAGGAGGCGCUGAGCGUUCUCGCCCUUUCCUGAGCUCUGCGAGGUCGCAGCGAUGUCACCGCGCGGUGUCACCAAAAACCCCCCCUCGGUGUCCCCCCCCCUCCCCACCGCGUGACCCCCAUCGUCCCCUCCCGGCGUUAAUUAAAGAUAAU